GUGUGAUUGGCCGCCACUUUUAACAUCUGAAACAACCAAGACAAUGGACUGUUGCUGCGACCCGGGCCAUCAACGCCCCGUGAACCCCCGCUUGGCCCAGUGAUGCCUGUUGAUCUCAGCUCUUCACUAGAGCGACAAAAUCAUAAUCACACAAGGCUCCAAAAUUACAGAACAUGUUCAGUUUCAACACGCAUCAACCCGGCUCGCAACUUACGUGCCAUCCUUCCCGCAGCUGCUCCUUUUAACUCAGACCACUGACCAGCACUCUGAUCUGUCGAAAAUGCGCUAGGUGGGCAGGCAGCUACUCGGGCCUUUUGAGACGGGCAAUCAUGGAGAAAAAGAGGCUCUUCGACCGGUUACGCGAUUUCUUCCGUCGAAAGAAUGGGAAGACCAAAAAGGAAGGGCCCAAUGCUCCACGGAACGAGUCUGUCAUCGUCCACCACCCCAAGGCGCCCCAGCCGCGGAAUGAUCACCUCAGGCAGGUCAUCGAGUCAAGCACGCUGCAGGAUAUGAGAGCCACUGCAGAUGCUCAGGCCCUGUCUGCAUUCUUCCAGCGGCUCCCCGUCGAGAUCCGGCUCAAAAUCUACCACCAUGUCUUGUGCAACUACCUCAAGCCGCGCCGAGUCGGGCCCUCCACCGCGGGCUCCAACCUCCGUCUGCAUAUCUAUACGCCCGCCCCGGCCAGCAAGAGGCUGACCCACACGCGGUGCAAGAUACACCCGGGCGAGCCCGGGCAGAAGGAUGUGUUGGUGACACAGGACAUCCACAGCGAGGACUGGCCGAACGCGCCGCCCUGGUACCGCGACGCCUGGGUGCUCCGCCUCAACUGGGGCAAGCACUGGAAGUGCCAGCACGCCAUUCAGAAGCAGUGGAAUCUGACGGCGCAAAACGGGGAUGCCGGCUCCAGUUCAGCAACGGGAGCUCCCACAGCGCCGUUUCUACCGCUGUUUUUGGCGUGCAAGAGGAUGUACCUCGAAUCGGCACAAUCCCUCUUCGAAACCGUCACGCUCGUCUUCACCUCGUCCACCGACGCACACCAGUUCUUCAUGGUGCGGCCGCACCCUUUCCUCGCUCACCUGCGUAACCUCGAGCUGAGCAUCGCCUACACCAACGACCACCUCUUCCUCUCCAGGGUCCUGCACGACAACCCGCCUCGGCCGUCUACCAGCGGCAGCCACGUCAACAACGACAACACUGGCACCAUCACCACCACUACCGCCACCAUCACCACCACCAAUGAUGACGCCUCCCCCCGUGGGGCGAGCGUUGAUACCAACACCGCGGCCACCGUACACGAGCCCAUGGCCCGCGCAGACGUCGUCCGCGACCUGAGGCCUAGGCCGAAUAGCAUCUGCUUCAACCUGGUAUGCAGGCUGGACCGGUUUGGCGCCGAGCUCUGGCCUUAUCUAAUAAAAGGGAUCCGUGCCGCGGCACCAAAGUUGAGGGAGCUGGAUGUGGAGAUUGGGGGGCGGAUUGCGCGGGAUGGUAUUCUUGGGUCGUUUGGGUUUGUCGAGAAGGAGGAGGAUGGACCCGUUAAUGGUGUUGUUGCAGGUGGUGGCGGUGAUGAGUGGGAAGAGGGAGGCGCGACGUUGGGGAUGAGGGAAGAGAGAAGGCAUGCGGCCGCGUUUGACAACGGGAAAGCGGAGGGGGAGGAGGUUUCGCGGUGGACGCUGCCUGGGAGGUUGGUGGUUGUCUUCUCUGGGGCGAGCGUCAAGGAGGGCUAUGUGCAGGCGGGGAAGGAGAUGGUGAGGAUGCAGACGGAGCCGGAGUGAGAUCGGAGGGUCAAGUGUUUCAACUGGUCAGAGGUGGUUUUACAUGGUUCCUCAAGCGCUGCGGGACAGUGCCUGUGUAAGUGUAAGGCUGGAUCGGGGUACCGGGGUUAUGGCUUCGCCUGCUCCUAGGAUUCUUCAUUGCCGCUCGCCCCCUGCCUCAAGCAAACAGUGAUUCGGUGUGCGGGCGCCUCCAGGGUUGAUGGGCCGUUUCGAUGCGAACCUCCAGGUGGUUGAAAGGAGGAAGGGAACGUGGAGCACGAAUAAAUCCCAGGCACCUUGGGUAGAGGAGUGCUCGGAUGACAGAGACACACGCACAUCAAUGUCAGUUAUGUAAUGUUCGUAUACUCAGGCUGCCGAUGCAAGAUUCACCGCAUUCAUC